GCUGGGAUAGUUUAGCCGGUGACAGCUCGGCACGGCUCCAGCGUGACGCAGGCCCUACGUGAGGCCCCGCCCCACCACGGGCGGAUGUGACGUCACGGCCCAGCGUCAUCGCCCUCCUCACCUCAGCCUCAACUGUAGUCCCCAGCCUCCGGCCCGAGAGCAAGGGCCAAUCCCACACCUUGGGACUUGCGGCAGUCGCGAAAGAGUCGCCUCAGAGGCGUGGGACGUGGCUUCUUCAAGGCUUCCGCCACGCUCGGGGGCCCGAUGCCAUGCCGCCAGGGGUCCUCUUACCGUACCACAUCGCCGGCCGGCUCUCUCCUCAUCAGCUGUUCCCGCCUGCUGCACCUUCAAAGCCACCAAUUGCAGUUCCCGCCGCCCUGGAGCCCCGCCCGGCGGAGCCAAAACUUUGGACUGUACCCUCGGCACAGGGGACCGUGUGGGGAGAGCGACGGAAGUGAAACUCUCCGAGUCCCCGCCUCACUCUUCUUAGCAGAGAAUAUUGUUUGAAUGCUUUAAUCCCAGCCACGAAGUCUGGCUCGUCGGUUCGACUUAAAGUUCAGGCUCUACCGCGCCUUCGCGGACUCGCUCGCUCUCCCCCUACAGCGCCAGAAAAUGGGCCUGUCCAGGCCGGAUGGCGCAUGCGCAUCGGGCGGCGAGCGGUGGGGGCUGGCCUCGCGGGGUCAGGCGUGGAGGGCGCGGAACCUUCGCCACCCGGAGCUGUUCGGGUUCCGGCGCCCUGGCCGCCGGCUUUUGGGUGCAGAGUCUUCGCCGGUGAAUACCGCUUCCGCUCUCCGGGUGUGGCCGCCAGUCGGCACAGCAUUCUGAAAUUUUUUGGUCAUUGCAAUGAUCUUGAUCGGGAGAUGAGAAAAUGCUUGAAGAAUGAGUACAUGGAAAAGAGGAACAAGAGCAGGGAGCGUGGCAAUGCAAUGCGAAAGAGACUUUUUAAUCCUCCAGAGGAAUCUGAAAAAUAGAUCAUACUUUCAUUGGAUGCCUUGGCUGAGAGAAGACCCAAAGACUCUUGGGUGGUAGUUGAAGGAAUCCCGUUGCAUUUGGUCUUCAGAAUCCUUUGAAUGGAAAGUGACCCAUGAGAAAUUGAGCCUUGGAGAAGUGUGGAAGCCCUGGAUCCGGAAUGUUGGUUGGGCAGAGCUGUUAGUACUCUCUCUACUCUUCCACCGCACCUGAGACUUCUAACGUGUUUGUUCCCUUUGCCUACAGCCCGUUGACAUUUGAGUAACUUAUCUCCCUCAAUAAAAUCAUUGAUUCUAAUCAUA